UCCUUUCAACAUAUUAUGUUUUGCAUCUCACGGCUAGAUCCUUGUGCUGGUCUUCAUUGUGGGGCUGGUCGUAUUUGUGUCACAGAUGAGCAAGAAAAGCCUGUCUGUGAUUGUGUCUCUGAGUGUCCAGUGGAGACAGAUGAAAGAAGAAAGGUUUGCAGCAACCACAACGAGACUUGGAGCAGUGACUGUGAAGUCCAUCGUAUGAGGUGUUUGUGUAAUAAAGGCAGUGAAGAGUGUCUGGAGAAGAAAUACGACCACGUUCAUGUUGAUUAUUAUGGAACUUGUAUUGAAAUCCCAGAGUGUAUCAAAGAAGAGAUGGGAGAUUUCCCUCGGAGAAUACGGGAAUGGCUGUUCGCUGUAAUGCAGGAACUAGCUCUCCGAGGUGAGCUUGGUGCUCACUACAUGAAGUUAGAAGAAGAGGCAGAGGAAGAUCUAUCACGCAAGUGGGUAAACGCUAUCAUUUGGAAGUUUUGCGACCUGGAUUCUCACCCGGAAGAUAGGGCUGUUUCCCGCCACGAACUAUUCCCAAUUCGAGCACCUUUGCUUGCUAUGGAACAUUGUAUUGCUCCGUUCUUGGACAAUUGCGAUUCUGAUAGCGACCAUAUUAUCACCCUGGUUGAAUGGGGAUCUUGUCUUGGUCUCAAAGAAAGAGGAUCGCCUUGGGGAUUCCGUAUUCAAGGAGGACGGCAGGCGUGUCAACUAAUACGAAUUUCAAGUCUGAUAAAAGGGGGUAAAGCUGAGCUGCAAGGAGUUAAGGAAGGUGAUGUUUUAGAAGAAAUUAAUGGGCACAGCGCAGCCUCCUUGAGUGAAAUCGAGAUACACCGUCUGAUCCUAAGUACUGGAAAUACUUUGAACUUGUUAAUUCGCAGAGAAGAAAACCAGCCAAUCAGAAGUAUGUUUAAAUCAAGUGCAGUGAUUGAAAUGAAAAGAAAAAUCGACGUCGCACAAGUGACAAGUAAGUCCGCCUUCAUUUGCUUUGAAAACCUGCACACUCAUGUCCCUAACAGCAGCAGAGAACAAAGCUAUAGAACAUUUAAUUCGCUUUACAAUUUACGAAGUUGUUUCUCUUAG